AUGGCGAGCCAAGAGAGAAGCGUCCUGGUCGUGUAUGGGUCGGAAACGGGCAAUGCCCAGGAUAUAGCCGAAGAGCUUGGCCGGCUGUGCCAGAGGCUCCAUUUCGAGAGCCAUGUCAGUGAGCUCGAUGCUACAGAUCUUAAUGCGCUGUUGCAGCACCAGCUCGUCAUUUUUGUCAUCUCGACAACCGGCCAGGGUGACAUGCCUCACAACUCACUGCUCUUUUGGAAAAAGCUUCUGCGGAAGAAGCUGCCGCCAAACUGCUUGAGUCGGCUAAAGUACACUUGCUUCGGUCUUGGCGACAGCACGUAUCUCAAGUUCAAUUGGGCUGCGCGAAAGCUUGUGCGCAGACUAGACCAACUCGGUGCUGCCACUUUCAUUGACGCAUAUGAAGCAGACGAACAGUUUCCAGAUGGCAUCGAUGGCAGUUUUGUGAGGUGGGCUGAGGACCUGAAAAAGCACCUCUUGGAGCAUUAUCCGCCUCCAUCAGGCUUGGAGCCCAUCCCCGACGACACCAUUCUCCCUCCCCGCUGGUCUCUGGCUCCGGCUCUUGAUGCGCUUUCAGAGAAGAUCCAGGAGGUCAAUAUAUCUUCUCUUUCACUAGACCAGACAAAUGCCACACCCACCGAGCCCAAGCUGCCGCCUCCAGGUCUCUUGCCGAUUCCAGCCGGAUGGACAGCAACCUUGACAAAGAACGAAAGAUUGACGCCGCAGGAACACUGGCAGGAUGUCCGCCUCGCGUCAUUCGACAUACCCGCUCACCCAUCUGGCGAGAGAGUUCGAUGCGUACCUGGAGACUGCCUCACGCUGUACCCAAAGAACUUCCCUCACGAUGUUCAGAAGUUGAUUAAUCUCAUGGAGUGGAACGACCUCGCUGACCGGCCGCUUGAUCUGUCCGCCUGCCCAUCUCUUCCGCACAACCUUUACGCUCCGGCAUCGUGUACGCUCCGUGACCUGCUCCUCAACAACAUUGACAUAACCGCCAUUCCGCGCCGCUCCUUUUUGAAGAACAUGUCCUACUUUUCGUCCGACGAGUAUCACCGGGAGCGGCUGCUUGAAUUCAACAUGCCCGAAUACAUGGACGAGUACUUUGACUACGCCACCCGCUCCCGCCGCAGCAUCAUUGAGGUCCUUGACGAAUUCACCUCAGUCAGGAUCCCAGCAGAGCGCCUCUUGGACGUCUUCCCGCUCAUCCGCGGCCGCGACUUCAGCAUCGCCAACGGAGGCACAUCCGCAAUCCACCCCUCAAAGGACGGCGCCACCAGAGUCGACCUUUUGGUCGCCAUGGUAAAAUAUCGCACCAUCCUCCGCAAACCCCGAGAGGGACUCUGCUCCCGCUACCUCGCCAGCCUCCUCCCCGGCGCAACCCUCCGCGUCUCCUACAAGGCAGUCCUCUCGCCCAUCCACGGCGCCGCCAACGCACAGAGACCGCUCAUCGCCAUGGCCACGGGCACCGGCGUCGCUCCCGUGCGAUGUCUCGUCCACGAACGCCUCACGCAUUCAUCCCCAGCACCAAUGAUCAUCUUCUUCGGCAAUCGAAACCGCGCGGCCGACUACUUCUUUGAAGACGAAUGGCGUGCGCUCGCGGAAGACGCCACCAAGAAAAACUCCCAGCUGCUUGUCUUUACCGCCUUUUCGAGAGACCAGCGCGAGAAGGUUUACGUGCAGGAUCUGGUUCGUCGGGAAGCGCCCAGGCUAGAAGAGCUGAUUCCUCAGAAGGCCAUUUUCGCCAUCUGCGGGGGCUCCACGAGGAUGGCUGAUGCGUGCAAACGCGCCGUCUUCGACCCAUUUACCGAAAAUGGGGACGAGGAGGCUCGCAAGGAGAUGCUAGGAGCCAUCACAUGGUGGCAGGAAAUCUGGUAA